UCGAAGGCAAGGACGCCACGCGGGCUCGAAGGGUUGCAUGGACAGCAAUCCUCUCACGCUGCCAGGCAACCAGGCGCUGAUUGCACGCGCGCAAGCCGCCGUCGCCUCGUGGACGUCGUCGCCAAAAAAGCUCGUGUUCCAGACGCAAUACGACUAUGCCGAGUCGUUCUGCCAGCUGCAAGGCCGGGACAGCGUCUUGGCCUCGGUGCUGCACGCGACGGAUCUUUUGGACGUGUACGUGGUCAAGGUUGAGAUGGUGCGCGAAGGACGCUGUCGCAUGUCGCCGGCGCAGCUGCAUCGGAACCGCGCGCGGCUUCACCGGUACUCGUACGACGACUACGACCACGGAAACGACUGGCCCAACUACGCAUCGAUCGACGACGUUGCGACCGAGACGGUUGCUGCGAAAAGCUGGAGUGACGCGCACAACAACGACGUUGAAUUCAAGAUCGAGUUGGACUUGUCGACCGAACUCGUCCACGGCGGAAAUCUCUUUGCCGACACAAGUAGCCCAAACGAACACAUGUACCGCGACUGGGCCAAGGCCAAGGAGCCGAACGUCGAGAUGACCUUUCGCCGCUGCGUCCUUGUCGUGUGGCCGCAAAGCCGGGCCUUUGUUGCCGCGGGUUUCAAGCCCAACCUCGCGCGCGACGUCGCAGCGGCCGCCGCUGGCGACAAGGCCGGCGCCACCGCGACGCUUUGCAGCAUGGCGACGAGCGCGACGUCCAUCUUGUCAACCGAGCUUGUGAGCGCGCUUGAGCUUGCGACGACGGUCGGCGCCAGCGACGUGGCUAUCUCGCUCUGUCGUCUCUGGGCUGCGACGCCUCAGCCGCGUGAGCACGCGUGGAAAUCACCCAAGGAGCUCGCUUUGGUCUCGGCGCUGGCCAAAGCACUGCACGCGUUGGGCGCUGGUCUUUUGGACGUUGUGAUGACCGACAUCUUGCCCAAGCUCCGAAAAUGCGAUGCUGCACGCCUUGCGACCGAGUACCCACCAGGCGCCCACGCCAUUGUGUCAGCGUUGCUGGCAGGCGACUUGUACAACUUGACCGACACGCUCUCCGUGCUCUACAGCCUCUUUCGGUACUCGCUGUUGGCGAAAAUGUGCGCGACCUCGAUGCCGUGGCAUUUGUCGUUCGCCAAGCUCGCGAUGGCCGACCCGACGGAUAUCACAUGUCCGCUUGUGGUACGGCUCUUGCGCCGCACCGAUGCCGACGCUGAGCAGCUUCAGGAGAUUGCUACCAUCGUGCACACGACUCUCCAACUGCCCGGGAUGGCGCCACUCGUUGUCGACACCGUGCUCGAAACGUGCACCCACGUGCAGGACGCACUUUUGCCGAGUCUGCUCUCGCGUUUGGAGCGCGAGGCCGUCACUGAGCACACGCGCCGGCUGAUUCAACACCGACUGAGCUUGCUUCCAUCGCUCGAGGCAGGUCCGCCAGACACAGGAACGUCGUGGUGUCAACCCUACGCGACGCUGCCGACGCAUCCGCACGUGCAAGCGUUCCUUCGCGGUCCGCUGCAGACACUGAGCCACAAGGGCUGCAAUGGCAUUGUCGGCGCCAGAGAGUUUGCGACCGAGCACUUUACAUGUGACGAAAGCUACCACGGGACGACGCGUGCGAGUGCGACCGCUGUCGCCUCGGGCUCGGGCGCCAGGACGCGCGUCGAUAUCACCAAGACGGAUGCGUUCCGACCCAAGGUGCUGCAGGAGUGGAAGCGCUACUGCGACGAAGCGGCCACGCUACGCGCGACCUUUCGUAUCUAGUUGUCUAGCAUCGUAAGACGAUAGAUAUGUAAACUACUAGUACAUGCUAAUAUACAAG